UGACAAUUAAAUGCAAAUGAAGUUAGACCACUUAAUGAGAGCUUGCGGUCAACAUUGAGUAUUCGGAUAGGCUAAUAUUUGUCUCAGCCAAUGUACACUUUGAUUUCCGAUCUAAUUGCUCCUGUGUUUGUUUCUCUCUUGUGCUGAGCACUGCACCCCUAUCGAUCACGGCUACACACAGAGUCAAGAACACCGACAACAAGUUCAACGGGAAUUCAAACGUCUUCAGCCUCGCGAGUCAAACAAUCACACGGAACAUAUACUGAUUAUAUAGAAAUAUAGUCAAGUAUAUGAUACGAAUUGGCAACCAAUCUGCAUUGUCAAGUUCCAAGAAGAACGUUUACCUCAAGGAACGAGAAAAAUAUUCUUUAGAAGGGGAGAAGUAGAGUGAAAGCUUGCGAAUCUUCAUCGGAAAUUAAACCACAAACAAAAUCAAAUCAGAGAUUGAUAGGGACACCAAGUGCGUCGACAUGCUUCCAGCAAGACUACCACCAUUGAGCUUCACACCGCAACAAAUAGCAAAUGUAUGCGAGACCUUGGAGGACAGCGGGGAUAUCGAAAGACUAGCACGAUUCCUGUGGUCACUGCCUAUUGCACCAGCUACGUUGGAAGCGCUGGGUAAAAUGGAGAGUGUCCUACGAUCGCAAGCCAUCGUCGCUUACCACACGGGAAACUUUAGGGAACUGUAUCAUAUACUGGAGAAUCAUCGUUUCAGCCGUGAGUCCCACAGUAGACUACAGAUGAUGUGGCUGGAAGCUCACUACGUCGAGGCGGAGAGAAUGAGGGGUAGAUCUCUUGGUCCUGUUGAUAAAUACAGAGUGCGGAAGAAAUUUCCCUUACCGCGUACGAUCUGGGAUGGAGAGCAAAAGACACACUGUUUCAAAGAGAGAACGCGUACGCUACUUCGUGAAUUCUACCUGCAGGAUCCUUAUCCUAAUCCAACUAAGAAGAGAGAGCUGGCACAAGCCACAGGCCUUACUCCAACACAAGUCGGAAAUUGGUUUAAAAAUAGACGCCAACGGGACAGAGCUGCGGCAGCCAAACACAAGACCCAACAGAAAGCAUCAUCCCACAGCUCGAGCAGCAGUACGUCAAGUGAAUCAGACCGCGAUAAGAGUAACUGGAGUGACGAUGAGAACGGAAAAUCCGCUGAAGAUUUAUAACUGAAAACAUUGAACAAGUCGGAAAAAAAAUGUAAAAAGAUACAAUUAUAUCCAAAAAAAUAGCUUCGGGCAUGUAAUUAUUCAUGAUAUAUAUUAUGAAACAAAAAAUGAAUAUAUUAAAAUUGGCUGCUAAGAUGACUUAGGCAUGAACUAGUUUUAAGCUUGCAAUGUAAAAUAUUGACUAUUGCUUUGUAGUUCUCUAAGUUUGCGCAUGUAUAGGGUGAAAUAUAUAUAUAUAUGUAAAAUAUACAAUAGUUCAUUCUAAACUUGGACAGUCUUAUAUAUAAUCGUAACUGCUACAACUCAGUAUUGCGCUUAAUAUUAAAUUAAAAA